GGAAGAGAACUAGAAUCCAGUGAAGAAGAAGAAGAAGAAGAAGAAGAAGAAGAUUCAGUGGGAGAGACAGAGCGGAGAGAGAGAGAGAGAGAAAGCGAUUGGAAGAAGAAGAAGAGAGAGAGAGAGAGAGAGAUGGGGGUGGAUUACUAUAAGGUGCUUCAGGUUGAUCGCAGUGCAAACGAUGAGGAGCUAAAGAAAGCUUAUCGGAAACUGGCCAUGAAGUGGCAUCCUGAUAAGAACCCUAACAACAAAAAAGAAGCCGAAGCUAAAUUCAAGCAAAUCUCUGAAGCUUACGAUGUUUUGAGUGAUCCUCAAAAACGAGCAAUCUAUGACCAAUACGGAGAAGAAGGUUUAAACCAAGGCCCUCCUCCCGGUUCCGGUGGUUACCCUGGAGAAUCAGACCCCGGAGCUUCUUCUUUCCGCUUCAAUCCCAGAAGCGCCGAUGAUAUCUUCUCCGACUUCUUUGGUUUCACUAGGCCUUUUGGUACCGGAAGCAGCGACUCCCGAGCAGGACCUUCUGCGUUUAGGUAUGGCGAUGACAUCUUCGCUUCCUUGAGGGCUGCUGCUGCUGCAGGCGCUGGAGGAGGAGGAGGAGAGCCCUCCAUUCCUGCUAGGAAAGCUGCUCCUAUUGAGAGACAAUUGCCCUGUAGUUUGGAGGAUUUAUAUAAAGGAGUCACCAAGAAGAUGAAGAUCUCUCGUGAUGUUCUCGACUCUUCCGGGAGGCCAACACCGGUUGAGGAGAUCUUGACGAUAGAAAUCAAAGCCGGUUGGAAGAAAGGAACAAAGAUAACCUUCCUGGAAAAAGGAAACGAGCAUCGCGGAAUCAUUCCAUCCGAUCUCGUUUUCAUCGUAGACGAGAAACCGCAUGCCGUUUUCAAACGAGACGGGAAUGAUCUGGUGGUAAUGCAAAAGAUAUCUCUCGUGGAAGCUCUCACAGGUUGCACAGCGCAGGUCACUACUCUUGACGGAAGAACCCUAACGGUUCCUGUAAACAAUGUGAUCAGUCCGUCGUAUGAAGAGAUAGUGAAAGGGGAAGGCAUGCCGAUCCCUAAAGAUCCGUCAAGAAAAGGAAACUUGAGAAUCAGAUUCAUCAUCAAGUUCCCUUCGAAGCUAACGCCUGAGCAGAAAUCAGGGAUCAAGCGGAUGUUUUCAUCUUGAAUGUCUCAAGAUUGAACAUCUCGUUUUCAGUUUUUUGGAUACAACCUGCUAGUUUUUCGUUUUUUUUCUUUUUGGUGAAUCGUUUAGUUUAGUAGCAGAAGAUGUGGUUAUGUGGGUUUUCAUUAUUUUGUUGCAUUUUGGUAAAGUUUUAAGGUAAUUGUGAAAAUACCACCAAACGAAACGAUGCUAGUAAUGACUGACUGACUAGUUAAGUUUUCUUUAA